AUUCUGUACUUCUUCAGAGCGGUUGAGCUGAGGGUCAUCUUCCUUGACUUUUUGGGAUUAAGCAUGGCUUUCGACGUUAGCAGAGAAACUAGUUGGAAGUGGUUCGCAGCUCUCAUUUUGUUGAGUUAUUUAUGUACAUGUCCACACUGUUAUGCUUUGGCUAUAGCGAAGAAGGUUGGGCCAAGCAUUGCAAGCGGUGAGGCAGAGAUAGAGGGUGUCCUAGAGGGAAGUAUUCUCUUUGGCAGCACCGUGGAUCGUGCCGAGUCAUUAACGGGGCUUCUUGGCUCUUAUCAAGCAGAUGAUGCAGAAUGGAUUUUAUAUACUGCCAAUGCAGUGGAAGGGGACCCAAGUCAAACUCUGUUGCCCCAUUAGGUCAAGUCCUGAAACUACACUUGCCCAUGUUCAUCCUACAGCACCACCUACCAAAUCUCAUGAAGAAGCCACUCCACAGACGGAUACGCCAAAGCAGCCUACAGUCCACCAGCAGCAAAUCAUGGAUCAUCCUUUGAAUCAAAACCCAAACUACCAUCAAUAUCUUAACUGGAUUCAUAUGAUGCAGAAGCAAACCAUGGCUGUUCCCCCGCAGCAGCCCGUGACUGUUCCCCCGCAGCAGCCCGUGACUGUUCCCCCGCAGCAGCCCGUGACUGUUCCCCCGCAGCAGCCCGUGACUGUUCCCCCGCAGCAGGAGGCUGUUCCGCAUAUGGCUGUUCCUCCUUGGUAUCAGUGGUUGUGGCAGCAGCAGCAACACGUGGCUGUUCCCCCGCAACAGAAGGAUGUUCCCCCGCAGCACGUGGCUGUUCCCCCGCAGCAGCAAGUGACCGUUCCCCCGCAGCAGCCCGUGACCGUUCCCCCGCAACAGGAGGCUAUGCAGCAGCAGCACGUGGCUGUUCCCCCGCAGCAUCAGUGGUGGUGGCAGCAGCACGUGGCUGUUCCCCCGCAGCACGUGACCGUUCCCCCGCAGCAGCACGUGACCGUUCCCCCGCAGCAGCACGUGACCGUUCCCCCGCAGCAGCACGUGACCGUUCCCCCGCAGCAGCACGUGACCGUUCCCCCGCAGCAGCACGUGACCGUUCCCCCGCAGCAGCACGUGACCGUUCCCCCGCAGCAGCCCGUGACUGUUCCCCCGCAGCAGGAGGCUGUUCCGCAUAUGGCUGUUCCUCCUUGGUAUCAGUGGUUGUGGCAGCAGCAGCAACACGUGGCUGUUCCCCCGCAACAGAAGGAUGUUCCCCCGCAGCACGUGGCUGUUCCCCCGCAGCAGCAAGUGACCGUUCCCCCGCAGCAGCCCGUGACCGUUCCCCCGCAACAGGAGGCUAUGCAGCAGCAGCAGCAGCACGUGGCUGUUCCCCCGCAGCAUCAGUGGUGGUGGCUGCAGCACGUGGCCGUUCCCCCGCAGCAGCACGUGACCGUUCCCCCGCAGCAGCACGUGACCGUUCCCCCGCAGCAGCACGUGACCGUUCCCCCGCAGCAGCACGUGACCGUUCCCCCGCAGCAGCACGUGACCGUUCCCCCGCAGCAGCACGUGACCGUUCCCCCGCAGCAGCACGUGACCGUUCCCCCGCAGCAGCACGUGACCGUUCCCCCGCAGCAGCACGUGACCGUUCCCCCGCAGCAGCACGUGACCGUUCCCCCGCAGCAGCACGUGACCGUUCCCCCGCAGCAGCACGUGACCGUUCCCCCGCAACAGGAGGCUGUUCAGCAGCAGCAGCAGCAGCAUAUGGCUGUUCCUCCUUGGUAUCAGUGGUUGUGGCAGCAGCAGUGGUUGUGGCAGCAGCACGUGGCUGUCCCCCCGCAGCACGUGGCUGUCCCCCCGCAGCACGUGGCUGUCCCCCCGCAGCACGUGGCUGUCCCCCCGCAGCACGUGGCUGUCCCCCCGCAGCACGUGGCUGUCCCCCCGCAGCACGUGGCUGUUCCCCCGCAGCACGUGGCUGUUCCCCCGCAGCACGUGGCUGUUCCCCCGCAACACGUGGCUGUUCCACCGUUUCAUCAGUGGCGGUGGCAGCAGCAGUACGUGGCUGUUCCCCCGCAGCACCACCACCACGUGGCUGUUCCCCCGCAGCACCACCACCACGUGGCUGUUCCCCCGAAGCAGCACCACCACCACGUGGCUGUUCCCCCGAAGCAGCACCACCACCACGUGGCUGUUCCCCCGAAGCAGCACCACCACCACGUGGCGGAUCCCCCGAAGCAGCACCACCACCACGUGGCGGAUCCCCCGAAGCAGCACCACCACCACGUGGCGGAUCCCCCGAAGCAGCACCACCACCACGUGGCGGAUCCCCCGAAGCAGCACCACCACCACCACGUGGCGGAUCCCCCGAAGCAGCACCACCACCACCACGUGGCGGAUCCCCCGAAGCAGCACCACCACCACCACGUGGCGGAUCCCCCGAAGCAGCACCACCACCACCACGUGGCGGAUCCCCCGAAGCAGCACCACCACCACCACGUGGCUGAUCCCCCGAAGCAGCACCACCACCACCACGUGGCUGAUCCCCCGAAGCAGCACCACCACCACCACGUGGCUGAUCCCCUGAAGCAGCACCACCACCACCACGUGGCUGAUCCCCUGAAGCCAGCUGAUGCGUUUCUGCUGCACGUCGGCCAGUCUCCCGGGUCCGGCUUCACUGCAGUGUGGAGGGGGGCGGGGAGGACAGAAGAGGCAGGGCUCUCCAUCUCCGUGUGA